AUGAAUAUUUGUCGAAUAGUUGCUCCAGCAAGAAAGACCUUGAGAAUAGGCAAUUUUAGAAAGAGCAAAGCUUGUAGUGGCCAGCUGUAUCGAUCGAGAGAAAGGACCACCCCACACGUGACUAUGGAUGGUCCAAGUCAUGGUCAUCAUGGUCAUGAUACGCAUGCAAUGCCCCCACAGGCAAUUUGCGAUGCUUACAAAAAGUAUCAGAGGAUGAGUGACGCGGCAGUGAACGAUGAUCUCGAAAUCGUGGAUUUCACCCGUGGCUUGACUCCCGGGCAGCAGGAGAAGUUGAGUCCGGUGGGUAUAGUUCCCUCGGAAUUGAUUGCUAAGGCGCAAAAGGAAUUCAUGAACACUAAAGCCGAGGACGAAUCUGGCUUUUCUGCGGCAUGCACUAUUUAUGAACACAGCGGAUUCCCGGGAUUAAGAAUAUUCCCUGCACUCCUUCCACCAGAAACUCAGUCUUUAUUUGUGUCCCGACUUCUCCAUCGUGAGCUGUCGAACCCUCUUCACAAGACGAACUUUCACGAUGAUUAUGAUAUACCCUACCCUCCACCUGACUCUUCCUUCUUCACUUAUCCUCAUCAAGCCAAGAACCAAGUCUUUGCCCCUAAAGAUCCAAACUCAAAAUAUAAACCGCUCAAUGCUGCACAAGCUCUUCAAAAGAAAUUUAGAUGGCUAACACUGGGCUCUCAAUAUGAUUGGAACACCCGAGCUUACCCAUCUUCUUCUCCAACUCCAUUUCCAACUGAUUUUUCUCGUCUUGUUACCACAUUAUUUCAAAAUGCCUUUACUCCCGAAUCAGGAGUUGUCCUAAUGUACUCGACUAAAGAUUUCAUGCCGGUGCAUAGAGAUGUUUCCGAGGAAUGCGAGAGAGGCCUAGCGAGCUUCACGCUCGGGUGCGAUGGGCUAUUUGUUAUCAGUAGAGACGUAAGAAAAGGAGAGGAACACAUCGAUAACAGGGAACAAGACUUGGUUUGCAUCCGGGUCAGGAGUGGUGAUGUGAUACAAAUGGGUGGAGAGACGAGAUGGGCUUGGCAUGCUAUGCCCAAGAUUAUAGCAGGCACUUGUCCACCUUGUUUAGAAACAUGGCCCGUAGGAUCUACGGAAGAAGGGAAAGAACCAAAAGAGUAUGAAAGAUGGAGGGGUUACAUGAAGGGUAAGAGGCUAAAUAUCAGCUGUAGGCAAGUGUGGAAUUAA